AUGGCAAAGGAGAACUACACCAAGUUCUUCAUCCCUAUACAUCAAAUCUUAGCCCAAGUGAAGGACAAGUCUUGGAAAGCGCAUCUCGAAGAACUCGUGAGAGAAGAUUAUUGUACGGGAGCCACCCAACAGAUUGAGGACUACGAUACCGCCAAGGAGCCACCCCAGAAGGUCAUAAGGAUUAACACAAUCCUAGCCGAUUCCGAGGAGUCUGGUUGA